ACAUUUAAUUUUUAAGUGAUGGUUUAUUUCAGUUUGGUAAAUGUUAUUUAAGAGUGCUGUAUUUGAACAUCUUGUAAAGUGCACAGCAAAUUUCUGGAGUGGAAUAAUCUGGAGUUAGAUUAAAAAGAGUGAUGGAGUUAGAUUUUUGGAGUUUAUUUUCUCAUGUAGACAGCAGCUUGGGUUCAAGCAUUAUCUUUGGCGGAGUAAUAUUUUGGUGUUCAUUCACUGGGUGUUGAGCGUGAUUCAACUCGACUGCGAUGUCAAUUAAUCCCUUCAGACUAUCGGUACAUCUCUGCUGCUGCCGAGCCUAGAGGUAUCUCCUUAGACUUUGUUUAGACUCUUAAGGCAGGUAAUAGCUCUAUUUUACUUUCCAAACUAAAUGUCAGGUUGUGAGAGAUUAAUUGUCAGAGUAACUUCAAUAUAAUGAUGUAUUUUUGAAGCUUAACACACAAGAAUUUGAGGUUGUCACUUGCAAAAAAAAAAGACACCUGUUUUCUGUAGUUUGUUAUUGGAAUUAAAAUGCGUAGUUUAAACACUAGAAUACACAGAAGACAUAUGUGCAUCUUCACAUUGAUUCACAAGCCACUGUCAACCUUACAUAAUGAUUUAAGUGUUAUGAAGUUGAAUAUUGUGUUGGCCUCCUUGAUUGCACAGGCACUGUUGAAAACAUGCCAGUGUUCAGAAAAUUAACCACUAUCAUUUUGCACAAUGAUUGUUUUAGUAAUGUUUGGUAUGAAACCUGUUUCCAUGCUUUCCAUGUGAGUGAAAACAUCCCCAGGAAGAUACUGGUGGGAGAGAUAAGAGUCUGUCUCAAAGGCUGCUCUUCUGCGCACUGCCAACAUGCCAGUUCUGGACCAAGAGCCCUCCAAGGACUUAGGGGGCAGCGAUGUAAAUACAUAUGGUCUUCCUAAGCUGCCAGUCCCGGCCCUGAAAGAAACACUGGACAUGUACCUGAGGUGCAUGAAGCACCUGCUCACAGAGGAGCAGUUCAACAAGACCCAAAAUGCAGUGAAGCAGUUUGGAGCCCCUGGAGGAGUGGGGGAGCUACUACAGAGCAAACUCACGGAGAGGAGGGAGAACAAGGCAAACUGGGUGUAUGAGUACUGGCUGAAUGACAUGUACCUGAACAACAGACUGGCUCUGCCCGUCAACUCCAGUCCUGUGAUGGUCUUCCCACAGCAGCACUUCAGGGCUCCCAUCGACUCUUUACGGUUUGCCGCACACUUGAUUUCUGGAGUUUUGGAGUAUAAGACACUUCUUGAUUCACGUGCUCUCCCUGUAGACUACGCCCGGGGCCAGCUGGCUGGAACUCCUCUGUGUAUGGAGCAGUACUAUCGCCUCUUCACUUCCUACCGCCUACCGGGGUCUGAGAGGGACACACUGGUGGCCCAGGAGAGCAGCGUGAUGCCAGAACCUGAACACAUCAUUGUGGCUUGUAAAAACCAGUUCUUCGUGCUGGAUGUGGUAAUCAACUUCCGCCGCCUGAAUGAAAGAGACCUGCUGACUCAGCUGGAGAAGAUCGCCAGGAUGGCUGACAACGAAGAAGAGCGGCUCCCACCUAUUGGUCUCCUCACGUCAGAUGGACGGACAGAGUGGGCCGAGUCUCGCAGUGUGCUAAUGAGAGAGUCUACUAACAGGGACUCUCUGGACAUGAUUGAGCGUUGUCUCUGUCUAGUCUGUUUGGAUGACGCCACUGGGGUUGAGCAAAGUGACACCACACGUGCCAUGUUGAUGCUGCAUGGCGGAGGAGUGGCCAAGAAUGGAGGCAACCGCUGGUAUGACAAGCCAAUGCAGUUUGUCGUAGGAGCUGACGGCUGCUGCGGAGUCGUGUGUGAACACUCGCCAUUUGAGGGAAUCGUCCUCGUCCAGUGCACAGAGUAUCUACUCAAAUACAUGAUUGGCAGCCCAUCAAAGCUGGUCAGGGCUGCGAGUGUGAGCGAGCUGCCUGCACCACGCAGGCUCCGCUGGAAGUGUACUCCAGAGAUUCACAAACUCCUCGCUUCUUCUGCUGACAAACUACAGAGGCAGGUGAAAAAUCUGGACAUGAAUGUCCACAAAUUUUACAAUUACGGGAAAGAGUUCAUCAAGAAGCAGAAAAUGAGUCCAGAUGCCUACAUCCAGGUUGCUCUUCAGUUAGCCUACUACCGAUGUCAUGGCAGACAGGUGGCGACCUAUGAGAGUGCUUCUAUACGUCGUUUUAAGGAGGGCAGAGUGGACAACAUCCGCUCAGCCACACCAGAAGCCCUAACGUUUAUCAAAGCAAUGACUGAUGGGAGCUCAAGCACAAGUGAUGCAGAAAAGAUGGAGCUGUUACGAGGUGCAAUAACUGCGCAGACAAAGUACACUAUUCUGGCUAUUACAGGGAUGGCGAUAGACAAUCACUUACUCGGACUACGUGAAAUUGCACAAGAACUGAAGAUAGAGAAGCCAGAAAUAUUCAAAGACGAAGCCUAUCUCAUCAGUAAUCAGUUCAUUCUCUCUACAAGUCAGGUUCCUACAACUGUUGAGAUGUUCUGCUGCUACGGACCCGUGGUUCCAAAUGGAUAUGGAGCGUGCUACAACCCUCAGUCGGACCACAUUAUCUUCUCUGUGUCCAGUUUCCGUGAGAGUGAGCAGACGUGUUCGGCAAAAUUUGUCAAGUGUCUGGAGCAGGGACUCCUGGACAUGAGGGAUCUGUGCAAUAAAUGUAACUCCAGCUCCAAUCUGACCCAGCAAAGACAGGGUCAGACGCUGGAGACGCACACGCAAACAGACACAAACUGGCAAAGAAAGACACCACAGAGACCAGCUGACCUGACCAAGAAUCAGCAAACACUGCCACAGGUUGUGCUGAAGACACCAGACCAGACUAAAGUGGAGGCUCAGACCCAGACUGCAGCACUGGGAGAGGCUUUGAAGAACGGACAUCAAUCAUAAGAAACUGAUGGUGAAAAUAGUGGUAGUGUGAUUUUAAAUGUGUGUUUUGUGCUGCAACAAUGUAACUGUGAUCCAAAAUGUCACGUAAAGCUGUUUUGUUGUAUCCUGUACUGUAAAAUGUAUGAAGUGCUGAUGAUAAUCUAAUUUACUUAUUCUUAGAGAAUAUUAGAAGUGGUUGGUUCUUACAGAGGACGUUUUCAGGUGUUGUACCACAAAAAAAUAUCACAUAUACUGCAGUGAUUUAAAUGUCUGUCAAAAUGUUUAACUAUAUGAAGCUAAAAAAUCAAGCCACAUUUGAGUUUUGAUUGUUGUUUUGCACCAAAUUGAGAUGAAUCAGCCAAAGAAAAGAGUAAAUGCAUUGUUUGUUAAAGCAAUCUAGGAGUCUGUGAGUUAUGAUAAAUGGCUGAUUGUCUCUGUAUAUAUCUAUUUGCAAAUCGCAUGCUGCUAUGUAAUGAUUUUCUGAAGAUUAAGGUACACUGUAUAACUACAAUCUUCUAUGCAAUUAGUGCUGUCUUCAUAAGUUGUGUCUGAUGUGCCAACAAUACAGGUACUUAAAUGUCUACUAAAUUUUUUUUUAUAAAGUUCACUAGACAAUUAGUUCAUAUUGUACUGGAAAAAAACUUACCAGGAUUUUAAAGGGAUACUGUUUAGUUUAUCAAACAAUGUUAAAUGUGAUUAAACUGUGUAUUUGUACAUUUGUGAGCAGAAUAUAGCAAUUAAGUUAUUUAUUUUUGUAUGAUAUAACUUAAUGUUACAAAGUGUAAAUGUAAACUAUAAAAGUAAGUACAGGAAACUUACUAACCAGAGGUGAUCACUGUGUUUAUGACUGUCCAAAUAUUGUAUUUAUUAAGUACUGCUGAACAUCAACAGAAAAAAAAGCUAAUCAUAUUAGGGCUUAAGUUCAUUUUGCUGUUUACAGAGUAGAUACCAUGUUUAAGUUUUUAAAAAAAAUCUCUUCUAAAUGUGUUUUGUGAUUCACAUAUCCAUUUAGUGCACAUGAAGCAGCUCUGUGUGUCUCUACCUGCUCUGAAUUUAUGGAGCAGUGGCAUUAAGCAAUCAGAAUAUGUCAAUUUGAUUUAUAAAAAAAAAUUCUGUAUUUAUUUUUACAAAGACAAUGCACAUUAAUCAAUACCACUGUAAAUGUGCCAGCGUUAAACACAACUCUUGGAAUUAUAUGAAUUUAUUUAUUUUUUGUAAAGAAUAAUUAUCAUCAUGACAUAGUAAGUUAUAUUAUAGUUUCCUAUCUGUGAUAUAUGGUACAAGGUCAAAUGUAUAAUAAAGUUUCUUGAAUUGAA